AUGUCCCAUAACACUGAGAUAACUCUCUACAUAUGGCCCCAUAGCUGGAGCCUUCCUUCUUUUGACGUCGACUCGCUUGCUUGUGUCUUGUACUUGCAACUUCUCUGUGCAAACGGCCAGCAAAGUUAUGCGCUCGUCGAAUGUACCGACCCAGACGUUUCACCAACAUGUAGUCUUCCGUUUCUCAGACACGAGGGUCAAGAAAUUGGUACUGCGCGCUCGAUUUUGCGAUACCUCCAAAAGUUGCAAGGCGAAGAGGCAGGUGACGAUAUCGCGAGUGUAAAGCGGACAGCGUGGUCUGCAUAUGUAGACUCACGACUCAAGGACCUCACAAACGCGGUUCUGUAUGCGAAUCCAGAAAAUUAUCGAGUCGGUGUCCAUAAAGUCCUCGCGACGCUUCUUCCAGUACCUGCUCGAUAUUACCUCCCUCGGCGACUGAGGGAGGAGAUUCGUGCGACGCUCGAGCCCGCAGGCAUGUGGAAUCUCCAACAAGAGAACGACGAAAACGAUGGAAUGGAGGAGAAGAAACGACCUUUUGACAAGCCCAAGACUAUUGUUGACGAAAAGGACAAGAUUAUUAAUGAAGCAUUCGGGAAGGAAAAGCUGCUAGAAAAGGCCCGCGAAACCUUUGAUCUUCUCAACCCGCUACUGGCGCAUCAUGCGUUCUUCCUUUCGAAACAAGUCACUCCUCUUGACUGCCAGGUUGCUGCCUGCAUACUCCUCCUCCGCAAUGCUCAGACAGCAAAGAACCCAAUACCCGCACUGCUAGACGAGUUUUACCCAAAGAUAGUCGAACAUUCGGAUCGCAUCUUAUCCCUCGCAUUCCCUGCCGAUGAAAAGGCCAAAGCACAAGUGACCGUCGGAGUUGCAUCUCAUGCAAACCCACUCGUCCAACUCGGUCGUGCAGUUCACAGAGUCAUCAAGUCAGUAUCCUCAUGA